AAAAAAUAUUGUUUUGUGUGUUGCUGUUGUGAGCAAAAUGUUUUUCUUUGAAUAUUCAUAAAUAGUUUUGAUUUAGAAGUAUAAUCUAAAUAAUAAAGAUGCAGGACUUCACCAGCAUAUUGAACAUCAUAUUUAUCAUCAGCGGUGGCGCUUGUACCUUUGUGAUACUCUUCAUAUUUGCUAAAAGACAGAUCACAAGGUUCGCCCUUCGUUCUCGAAGAGGGCCCCAUGUCCCUAUCGGAACUGAUGCUAAGAAAUGUCUGAAGAAGGAGAUAGAGCGUCGCAUCGAGGCGGUGCCGCGCAUCACGCACGAGCCGCGCCUGCUGAGCGUGGAGCCCUCGCACUACAUCCUGGAGCCGCAGCAGCCGUACCACUACCGCUUCCGCGCUGUCGAUGACGUCAACACUCUGGAGGCCGAGAUCGCGCGCCAAGACCCGGGGCUCAAGCGGCACCCGCGCGAAUCCCUCCGCGCCUUCCUUCUCUCCUCCCUCGCCGCCCCACUCGACGGACACGGGCAGAAGCUGGUGCACCAGUUCUGUGACACGUACGAGUAUGCUCGGCACCAUCCCGGAGACUUUGGUGAAGAGGAGUAUCAGGCGUAUAGUCGGUUGUUGUUGAAGCUGCUUGAUGCAGCUCGCCUAAUAGCCGGCGGCGGCACCCGCAACUCUCCCCGCGCGGCGCCCCCCCGCCCCCGCCGCCCCGCCGACCCCGCGCGCCUGCGGCCGCCGCUGCCCGCUACUAACAAGCUUACUACUAAGAGAUAUACUGCUCUUGAGAACCUGCCAGCAGACUCCAAGCUAGAAGACGAGAUAAUCUCAGUGCCCGUGACACGCGUCGACACGGUCCGCGACGAGACGGCCGUGUGAGCCUCGCGCCGCCACCGCGGCGUGUGCACGCUGUAGGGUGGCGGCGGGGAACCGUGUCGACUGGAAGAGAUAGUGAUGUUGGGUGGAAUAGGACUAAUAGGAGUGGACUGAGGGUUACUACCG